AUGAGUCUCAACAUUGUUCUUCGACUUAAAAACGCGCUGGAAAAUUACAAUCCUUACUUUAUUCAACAAAGGAAUGCCGCUGAACUUCUCAGUUUAUCUUCCCUUCAAAAGAUCACAACCGCACUAAGGAUGUUUGCUUAUGGCAAUGCCGCUGAUAACUUGGAUGAAUAUGUGAGGAUUGGUGAAAGCACUGCCUUAGAUAGUCUGAAAAGAUUUGUCAAGGCAAUUGUUGCAACCUUUGGUGAUGAGUACUUGAGAUCGCCAAACACCAAAGACAUCACAAGAUUGCUUGCAAUUGGGGAUCAACGACACUUUCCUAGGAUGUUGGGGAGCAUUGAUUGCAUGCAUUAG